UACUAUUUGAAGCUUGGGAAAAUAUUGCACAUAAUCAAAGCAAAAAAUGCCGAAAACCUUACUAAGCUAAGGCUAACUUUAUUUCUGCACAAAAAAUGGUUCAUGUCUUGUACUAUUAACAGACUGCAACAGGCGGAUACGUUUUAACAGUAAAUAUUAAAGAAACGUAUUUUUAGUAUUAUUUUUAACAGACCUGCAACAGGCAGCCACAUUCAUAUUUAGGGGCAGCAUUUUUCAUAUUACUGUGAUAACAUGUGUUUUCAACACGCGCUUUGUUUUGUUUAAAUAACUAUAAACAAUGGGUGUUCGUGGCUUAACCAGCUACAUCGCGCAGCGCGCCGAGAUCUACCUAAAGCCGUACGAGCUGCACAACACCGCUCUGGUCAUCGAUGGCGACAACCUGGCCUGCAAUCUCUACAAAGAUGUCACCGGCAGCUACUCGGCCUUUGGCGGGGAUUACGAUGAUUUCUAUAGAGCUGUGCUGCAGUUCUUCCAUGUGCUCGCCGAGUGCGAUAUACGCGCGUACGUUCUAAUGGACGGCGGAUAUGAGGAGCGCAAAUUGCGCACAGUUAGCAAAAGGCUAAGAGGAAAAAUUGCCGUGAUAAAGAAGAUAAAUCCAUGCGAUUCGAUUACGCUCUUUCCGCUGCACCUGAAGGAGGUGUUCGUGGACGCUGUGCGGGACUGUGGCGUGCCCGUCAUGCGUUGCGUCUUUGAGGCCGAUGACGAACUGGCCGCACUCGCUCGCAAACUCAACUGCCCCGUGCUCUCCUACGACUCCGAUUUCUAUAUACACAAUGUCAAGUAUAUUCCAUUGAUUACGCUGACGGUGAAGGUGCUCACAAAGCGGAAAAGGGAGAAGCCACUCGAUCGCAGUUUGCGCCGUAAUGAGGUCAAGCACGUGGAGAAACGCACCAAGGCGCACAAAAUCGUCUCCGGAAUAACGACGACAAAUGCCACAGCGAAAUCGGAGAAAUCCUUUAAGACCUAUAAAUAUUUAGAUUGCUGCAUCUAUCGCGUGGAGCACUUGUGUGGCCGUGGCGCACUCAGCGCCGAGAAGCUGCCUCUCUUCGCAGCUCUGCUGGGCAAUGAUUAUAUAGCACGCUCGGCGUUUAGCAACUUCUUUGCCGUGGGCAUGGGCAAAGCGGGUCGCAGUCGCAAGCUCCAGAAGCAACAGCGACGCAUUCGCAUUAUUCUGCAAUGGCUGCGCGAUCAGACAGCCGAAUCGGCGCUCGCCAAGGUGUUAUCCAGGCUGAAAAAGUCACAACGCGAUUCGUUGGUAUCCCAAGUGCAGGCAGCCAUAUCUGGCUAUUCGAAUGAAAUCUGCCACGCCUACGACUUCUUUGACAAGCACUACGAGGAUGUCUUUCCGACCAUUGAGCCAGCCAGCGAGCCAGAAGAUGAGGAGGAGGAAGCACUAAGCGAAACAGAGCAUGAAAAUAAUCUAGCAGAGGAAAGUUCGGAGGAAGCGGAAGAGGAGGUGCAGCAACCAGAUGAUGUACAAGAAACGGAGUUACAGCAAGAACAAGAUGAUGAAGAAGAUCAGGAGGAGGAGGAGGAAGAGGGGGAUGUGGACGAUACAAUAGAAGAUAAAACGCUGCUGUUUCCACAAUGGUUUCUCGACAAGCUCUAUCCCGCCCAUCUCUCUCGCUACUUUGUGGAUCUGCUGCACCUGCGCAAAUACAUCAACAAUCCGCAAAUCGAGCAUUUCCCCUACCAUGAUGCGAAUGCUUUGGCUCUGCCCAUACUCAACUACACCUUCGCCCUGUUGCAUCAUGUGGCGGGCGCUGAGGCGGAGCGCCAACUGGAUGACCAAGGGCAGCCCGUAUCCAUUGAGUAUACGUAUCUAACGCGUGCGCUGCGCGUGACGAAUGUACGCUAUUAUCGCCAGCCCAUUGAGAAAGCACCUGCUCAUCCAUUCGAGCCCUCCAAUCCGGAUGCAAUUCAUCUACGCGCCGUCUUCGAGGCAUUUGUGCCACAUGCCAAUGUGCCGCAAUUGUUCGAGCAACUGGAGUUGCUGCCCUCGGAUUUGCAACUUUACUUCCUGGCCAUUGUCUACUGGCUGCACAGAUCGGAGCACUGUGAUAUGCUCCAUUUGCAUGCGCUGCUCAUCUGUCUGGUUGUAGUGCGCACCGUGGACGUGACCAUCCCAGCCGAGCGGGAUCCCAAGGAGUUUCAGCAACGCUUUGGCAAGAUCCUCAAGCAAGAGCGUGCGAAGCGCGACUUGGAGGCAACCGAGGGGGUUAAGCGUGGCGUUAAGCCCGCCCUGCUCGAGCUGACUGUGCCGGAGCGCAUGUCGCAUGUGCCGAAGUCUGAUUGCUUCUUGGUGCAGGAGAAGCUGCUGCCACAUUUUCACAUGCAGGAGAUUUUCAAAAAGAAAUACGAUUCGUACUCGACGACCGUACUGCAUUCAUUUGCCGAGUUCCAGUCGGUGGUCUACCAGCUGAAUGGACUCAAUGCGCUGCUGGAUCAACCCCUAAGUAGUCCGCGCAUGAAUCGUCUCUACUGCGGCGCCUUCAUCUAUAAUCUUUACGAUUUGCUGCGCAAUCGUAUCGAUGUGCGUUACCACGUCGAGCACUUUCUGCUGGCGGAUUCGCGUCUCAUGUUCGACUUCUAUUGCUAUCUGUUUGAUUGGUGUGCGCCCUUCGUGCCGAGCUGGAAACUGCAGUCUGAGGCGGACCACGCAGCAGCCAAGGCGGUGGAAAAGAAACGCCUGAAGAAGCAACGUCAAGCGGCACGCAAAGCGGCAGCUGAAACGGAGACAGCAGAUCCUAAUGAAGAAAUGUUGGCCAAAACUGACAACGAUGAAGACGAGUUUUUCGAUUUAAAUAACAAAUUCUGUGUAUUAAAAGUAUAAAUA